GGUUGCAAGACCCAUUGGAGAAUUCAGGAGCAAUGCUGACUAUCAGUACCAACUGUUGCGGUGUAAUGUAGACUUGUUAAAGAUAAUUCCGCUAGGACUGACUUUUAUGAAUGAGCAAGGAGAAUACCCACCAGGAACUUCAACUUGGCAGUUUAACUUUAAAUUUAAUUUGACGGAGGACAUGUAUGCCCAAGACUCUAUAGAGCUGCUCACAACAUCUGGUAUCCAGUUUAAAAAAUAUGAGGAGGAAGGAAUUGAGACCCAGUACUUUGCAGAACUUCUUAUGACAUCAGGAGUAGUCCUCUGUGAAGGGGUCAAAUGGUUAUCAUUUCAUAGUGGUUAUGACUUUGGCUACUUAAUCAAAAUCCUGACCAACUCUAACUUGCCUGAAGAAGAACUUGAUUUCUUUGAGAUCCUUCGAUUGUUUUUUCCUGUCAUUUAUGAUGUGAAGUACCUCAUGAAGAGCUGCAAAAAUCUCAAAGGUGGUUUACAGGAAGUUGCUGAACAGUUAGAGCUGGAACGGAUAGGACCACAGCAUCAGGCAGGAUCUGACUCAUUGCUCACAGGAAUGGCCUUUUUCAAAAUGAGAGAAAUGUUCUUUGAAGAUCAUAUUGAUGAUGCCAAAUAUUGUGGUCAUUUGUAUGGGCUUGGUUCUGGUUCAUCCUAUGUACAGAAUGGCACAGGGAAUGCAUAUGAAGAGGAAGCCAGCAAGCAGUCAUGACAUGAAAUAGUUCUUUUAUUUUUAUUUUAUUUGAGAUACAC